AUGGCCAGCUAUUGGGCCAGCAUGGCAGUUGUUCUAAUGCUAAACGUGAACUCCACCACUGUUGAUGUGACCCAAGACUAUGAAGAAGCUGUUGGCUCUCCACUCUACAUCCACAUUCAGAUCCAAAUAUCACAACGCUUGAUAUCGUCAAAGUCGCUCUAUUGCCAUAUCAUUAUAUGUUUCAACGUAACGGUCCUUAAUGACAGCUUUUCUAUGCAAGAUCUAAGCGAUGCAUCUUACCCUACAGCCGGCUUGGAUAUCGAUGUUAUCCAUGAUUUAGAGAAACAUUGUGUCUCCGGACACAGAUCUCAAAGUGGAAGCUGUGAGAAUUAA